GGAAUCUCGGCCUCUGCUUUGUAGAGAAACUGUAGUCUACUGAACUGCGACUCUGUGAGCACAAAGGACAAUCCAAAACUAUGGCUAUCGACUGGAACGAAUGGGACACAGAUGGAUCAUUGACACACAGGAAGUCCGGCGAAACAACCACCGCUCUCGGCAUCGACCCCAGGGAGCGCCACAAGUUGGCCGAGCGUGAGCGGCGCAAAUCAAUGAGAGAGCUCUUCCUCUCCCUCUACACUCUCCUUCCAAACUCCAACACAAUCCGAAAGGAACAAUCAGCAAUCCUUGACGAGAUCAUCAAAUACAUACCUUUGGCUGUCGCUCGUCUCCGAUCGCUCCAGAAUAGGAAAGACCCACCUUACUCUACUUCCUCUAGGGUAUCACAGUGGCCGGCGCCGCCUGUCCAGACAUCGGACCGUCACUCUGCUUCCUCUGAUUCAUCGGAAUUCGAUAUCCGAGUCGCUGACGAAGCUUCUUCGUCGUGUGUGUCGAUUCGGAUAAGAGGGGAUAGGGUUAAUGUGUCUUUAACUGAUACGAAUCCAAAGGGGAUAUCACAGGUUCUGCCACUCUCCGCCAUAUUAGAUGAGCUUGAAGCUCAUCACCUUGAGAUUGUUCGUUCUACCCAUUGCCGUGAUGGGAGCAAGAUACUCCAUCACACCGAAUGCAAGAUUUGUGAUGGGUUGGACAAAUCUCCUCCUCUAGAGCAACUAGCCGGAAAACUUCAUUGGUUGAGGAAAUCAUCUUCUUCGGUGAAGAGAAAAUUUGACCAGCUGAACUGAUGACUGACCAGAUCACCGCCCCACCAAUCAUCACUCAUCUAUAUCUCUGUUAUAACCCCUUCCCCACACCCCACACCCCACACCGCACACCCCACACCCCACACCCCACACCCCUUUUCUCUCUUUUUUUGUUCUUUUUCCAAUUUUCCUCUCUGCUGAAUCCAAUCUUGGACAGAGAAUUUUGAGAAAUUUUGUAAAUAAAAUCAUGAAAAAAAAGAUAGCUUUUCUAUCUUGAAUAGAAUUGAAUUGUGAUAAA